AUGGCACCAAUUCAAUUAAAAACUUCCGAACCUCCAACUCCUAUAAAUUCUAAAUCAACUUCACCAAUAUUAACAACCACCAAUCCUAUUUUACAACCAAAUACUCCAAUUGAUAUCCCAUCAUCAGAAAUUCCAAUUGGUGAAUAUUUAUUUCAUCGUAUAUUACAAGCAAAUCCCAAAUUAAAAAGUAUAUUUGAAAUACCAGGAGAUUUUAAUUUAAAUUUAUUAGAAACUAGUUAUUCACCAUCUUUAGCUUCAAAAGGUUUUAAAUUAAUAAAUACAUGUAAUGAAUUAAAUGGAGCUUAUGCAGCUGAUGGUUAUUCAAAAGUAAUUGAUGGAUUAAGUGUAUUUAUUUCAACUUUUGGUGUUGGUGAAUUAUCAGCUAUUAAUGGUAUAAGUAAUGCUUUUUCGGAAUAUGGACCAGUUUUACAUAUAGUUGGUACAACUUCAAUAAAACAACAAAUCAAGGAAUCAGAAUCAAAUGAAAUCAUAAAUACCCAUCAUUUAGUACCCAAAAAAAAUGCAUUUGAACGUCCAGAUCAUAAUGUUUAUAAAAAAAUGGUCACUGAUAUUUCUUGCGUUCAAGAAACUUUAGAUUAUGACUUAGACUCAAAUUUAAUUAAAAUUGAUAAAGUUUUGAAAACUAUUAUUCAAGAAAGAAGACCUGGUUAUUUAUUUGUACCUUGUGAUGUACCAGAUUUAUUAGUUGAUUCAAAUAAAUUAUAUGAUAUACCAUUUAAUGUAAAAUCCAAAUAUCAAGGUUCUGAACAAUCAAUAAGUUUAAUGAAUGAAAUUUCAGAUCUUAUUUUAAACAAAUUAUAUGAGUCUUCAAACCCAUCAAUUUAUUCAGACGCAUUAACCACAAGAUUUGGAGCAACAAAUGAAUUAAAUGAAUUUUUAAACAAUUUACCAAACUCAGUCAAAUUAUUUACUUCAAGUUAUUCAAGAAAUGUUGAUGAAACUAAAUCAAACUAUGUUGGAGUUUAUGGUGGUAAUGCAUCAUCAGAUCAAAAAACUAAAAAUUUAUUUGAAAAUUCUGAUUUUGUAUUAGCGUUAGGUUAUUGGGAUGGUGAAAUGAAUACCGGUAGUCAUUCAGUAAAUUUUGAUACUGCUAAAAAUAAAUGUAUUAUUCAUCCUGAUUAUAUUCAAAUUAAUAAUUUCAUUACUCGUGUAAAACAAGCAGAUGGUGAAAGAUUAUUUACUAUUGGUGAAUUUUUACAAAAUUUAAAUUCAAAAUUGGACAUUUCUAAAAUCAAAUUACCAACAAAUAUAGAUCAUUAUAAAUACCAACCAAAACAAGUAUCUUCAAACGAAUUGAAAUUGCCAUAUAUCCCACAAUCUUACUUAAACGACCACUUCACUAAAACUUUACAAGAAGAUGAUAUUUUCAUAGUUGAUACAAUGUCAUUUGCUUUUGGUUUAUCAGAUAUAAGUUUUCCAAAAAAUGUUAAAUUAAUAACUGGUAUGAAUUAUGGAUCAAUUGGUUAUGCAUUACCAGCAACUUUUGGAGCAACAGUAGCAUUGAAUGAUUUAGGUACAAAACAAAGAAUUCAUUUAGUACAAGGUGAUGGAGGAUCACAAAUGACUAUUCAAGAAUUAGGAAGUUUCAUGAGAUACAGUUCUAUUUUAAAUAUUCAACCAAAAAUUUAUUUAUUAAAUAAUGAUGGUUAUACCAUUGAAAGAAAAAUAAAUGGAGCAACUAGACCAUACAAUGAUAUAUGUGGUAAUUGGAAAUGGUCUAAACUAUUAGAUGUAUUUGGUGGUAAACAAGGUAUAACUCAUGAUUCUUUCAUAUUAAAUAAUAUUAAAGAAUUUGACGAACAUUUCAAUGAUGAAACAAACUCCAAUAGUGAUAAUAAAAAAUUACAAUUUUAUGAAGUUAUUGGUGGUAAAUUUGAUGUAUCUUAUAGAGUUGAUAAUAUGAUGGUUAAAAAUUAA